AUGAUUCGUUUCGUUUCAUGGCGGUCGCAUGCCGAGGACAGCGCGUUGAAGUUGGUCCGAUGGACCGGAGCCGCCACUGCUCGGCUGAUGCUCCCAUCAGCUCCCACCGGGAGCAUCAGCAGCGCGAGGCUUGCGCCGGGUGUCUGCACGUAUAGUGAAAUAGUGUGCACAGGUGUCAGACAUGGCUGGCUGGCCGUCUCUGGGAUCGGUAUCCAGAGGGUAGGGUAG